CACAAAACAAUGGAAAUAAUUAACAUCAUCUAUCUCUCUCACACACAUAAUGUGUGUGGAAAAAAAACCUAUUCACACCUCAAGAAUCACAAAACACAAUUAAACACUAUAUAAGCAUACAUCAUGCCCCCACACACCACCCAAAAACAAACUUCUUUCUUCUAUCUUCACAAUCAUGGGUGCUCCUCAUAUUCUCCAUCUCAUACCUCUUAUUCUUGUUUGCAUUUCAUCUUCAUUUGCAAGAACUAUUCCUUCUUCAUUUCAUCAUUCAAAAUCUUUGAGAAAAACAAGCCACCAACUCAUCAAAGACCUCAAUUUGCAUCCAAAUCUUGAUGUUAACAUCCUUAAGUCCUACAACCAUUCUUCAUAUAUAGAUCAAGAACUCAAAGUUACACAAUCCGAGAUUGUCGAAAAACGAUUAUCUCUAUCGGUUCUUGGUGACUCGGGUGCCACCGUUCAUGAUCUUGCUCAACAUGCUGGAUAUUAUCGCAUUCAACAUACCGUUGAUGCCCGUAUGUUUUACUUCUUCUUUGAAUCAAGAAAGUCCAAAGCUGACCCAGUGGUCAUAUGGCUAACUGGAGGACCAGGAUGCAGUAGUGAACUGGCUCUUUUCUAUGAAAAUGGCCCCUUUAAACUCACCAACAACUUGUCUCUUAUCUGGAAUGACUACGGUUGGGAUAAGGUUUCUAACUUGAUAUUCGUUGAUCAACCGACAGGAACCGGUUUUAGCUAUAGUUCUAGCGAUGAAGACAUCCGCCAUGAUGAAACUGGUGUCAGCAAUGAUCUUUACUUCUUCUUACAGGCAUUCUUCAAAGCGCACCCGGAUUAUGUCAACAAUGAUUUUUACAUAACCGGAGAAUCGUAUGCCGGGCAUUACAUCCCGGCAUUUGCUGCUCGAGUUAACGAAGGAAACAAGAACAAAGAAGGGAUUCAUAUAAACUUAAAGGGUUUUGGAAUCGGAAAUGGGAUUACAGAUCCUGGAAUCCAGUAUAAAUCUUACACGGAUUAUGCUUUGGCUAAUAAGUUAAUUUCACAAUCAGAUUACACACGAAUAAACCGACAAAUCCCAGAAUGUGAAGUGACAACUAAAGAAUGUGGUACAACCGGUACAACCACAUGUAUACAGGCGUUGGAUGCUUGUCAGCAAAUUUUCGACGAUAUAUUGAACAUCGCAGGCAAUAUAAACUAUUAUGAUAUCAGGAAGCAAUGCGAGGGGAGUUUAUGUUAUGAUUUCUCGAAAAUGGAAAACUUUCUGAGUCAAACAUCGGUGAAAACAGCGCUAGGUGUACCAAGCGACAUAGAUUUUGUUUCGUGUAGCGAUACAGUGCACAAUGCAAUGUUAAAUGACUGGAUGAGAGAUCUUGAAGUUGGUAUUCCCGCACUUUUGGAGCAAGGAAUUGAGUUGCUUGUAUAUGCAGGAGAAUAUGAUCUUAUUUGCAAUUGGCUUGGAAAUUUGAGAUGGGUUGACGCAAUGGUGUGGUCUGGUCAAAAAAGGUUUGUUGAGGCUUCGAAUGUUUCGUUUGUUGUUGGUGGGAAAGAAGCUGGAGUAAUGAAGAAUUAUGGGCCGCUUACGUUUCUUAAGGUUCAUAACGCUGGACAUAUGGUUCCAAUGGAUCAACCGGUUGCUGCGUUACAUAUGUUGCAGCUCUGGACUAGCGGAAAACUUACUACAACGAGAAAGGGGGUGUUUAGUUCCCAUAAUUGAACAAAAAAAAGUAUUGAACACAUAAAGAUUUUAUACUUGUAACUGUUUGAAGUCUUUGUUAUUUUACUUGUAAUUAGACAUCAAUUUGCGCAAGUAUUUACAUGUAAGAAAGAAAGAUAUCAAUCAAAGACUCUUUUUAAGUGUUUUCAUUUCUUUAA